CUGCAUGUACAUUGAUACCCAUCUUCCGAUCGGUCUAUAUCGAGCGCGUGCCUGUAGGUGCCUGUCUGUGUUGGACUGUAUCUGCCGGCAUGGUGAUCGGGACUGUAUCGCUGAACGACUCCGCACAUGGCUCGUCGUCAAGCUACAGGCGCAGCGAAGAGCUACGGACCGAGGAGAAAAGCGACGAGGCUGAUAGAGAGGUGCUCCGAAUCGUCUGCCGCUUAGGUGCGGCCAUCAACUCUCGACUGUACGAUUUGCACGCCAACGGGAGCGAUUGCGUGCACAGGUCCACCGCCAUGCGCAGGAGCACGCCGUCGCCCGGUAGACCAAGUGUGAAACACGAGGGACAGUCGAGUACGUUCGGCUGGUGUUAUCUAGGUGAGUUCAUGCCGAUUGCAUGCAUGUGCGUCGGGGUUGGCAGGCGACGUACUGAGUGUUGUAUGGAAGAGGCAGACUGGCUGUCUUCUCGGUACUUCUGUGGUCGCAGCUUUCUCCCAGCCGUGUGGCCUACGGUGCGCGACGGUGCAUCUACUGAGAACGGCGAUUGGUCUACCCAGCGUCUACAAUGGCAGCUUGAUGUCGGAGUGUCUGCCUGCGUCUGCUCCUUCGUUUCUAGACGCUUGCUGGUUACCCCAAUCGUCGUAUUUGUGUGCGCAUUUUGCUGUACCGAGUGUCGAGUACAAGGUGGAGAACAUCGUUCACAUGUGCUGGUGAGUACUGCCUCGGUUUUCGCUCGCCAAUCAACAUAGUAUGUGUAAUGGACUUCGCACUACGCGUUAUAAGCCUCGUGUUCUGUGUCCUCGGAAGCACUCAUGACAGUUUGAGUUUAAUCUCUGCUCACAAGUCGUUA